CUGCCAACACUCGGAGCCGCACUCAAGCUACCUCGAUAUCACACCACUAGCACACAUGGGGAAGCAGAACUGUCAAAUCAUUGCACCUGUCGCCCUUCUUUUGCUUGGGAUACUGGGCAUUCUCCUGCUUGCCAUCCCUGCAAACGAUAUGCAGCAACCUCCGGAAUAUAUGUAUGGUAUUGUGCUGGAUGCUGGCUCCUCUCAUACGGGCAUGUAUAUCUAUAAGUGGCCGGCGAACAAGCAGAACGGCACAGGCAUUGUCACACAGCACAGCGAUUGCCAUGUCAAAGGUGGUGGGAUAUCCAGCUAUGCGUCGGAGGUGGGGGGUGCCGCCCGGAGUCUGGAGCCCUGCCUGAAACAGGCUAUGAGGGAUAUUCCCAAAGCCAGACACCGCCUUACACCCAUCUAUCUGGGAGCCACUGCCGGAAUGCGGCUGCUUAACAUCAGUAGCACCACUGACAGUAACCGGAUCUUGGGGGAAGUGGGGCAGAAAAUACAGUCCUAUCCUUUCAACUUUCGAGGAGCAGUUAUCUUGUCGGGGCAGGAGGAAGGAGCAUACGGCUGGGUCACAGUGAACUACCUGCUGGAGAACUUCAUCAAGUUCGGCCUGGUGGGGCGUUGGCUGAGCCCAGGCCGGGAGACGAUCGGCGCGCUGGAUUUCGGAGGGGCGUCCACACAAAUCACCUUCCUGACUCGCGACCCGGUGGAGGACAAGCAGAACGGGAACAUCCUGCGUCUGUACGGCCAGGAGUACAACCUCUACACUCACAGCUUCCUGUGCUACGGCCGCGACCAGAUGCUGCGCAAGCUGCUCGUUCGCCUGGUGCAGUCUCAAGGUUACCAGGACACCAUCACUCACCCUUGCUACCCCGCGGGCUACAAUGUCACCAUGACGAUGGGGAAGCUGUUUGAUUCACCCUGCACAGAGAAAAGCAAGCCGGCCGACUACAAUUCCCAAGCAAUCCUGACUGUGCAGGGCUCCGGACACUAUGAGCAUUGCCAGGGCAACAUGUCUUAUCUCUUCUCAUUCAGCGAGUGCAGCUUCUCCAAGUGCUCCUUCAACGGGAUCUUCCAGCCCGCCGUCCGUGGCCAUUUCAUGGCAUUUUCUGGAUUUUACUACACUCACCUGUUCCUACAGCGCACAACAGGCAUUACUGUAACUUCCCCCGAGCUCCUGGAGAAGGCAGCGCGCACUGUGUGCAACAUGAGCUAUGACCAGAUGUUUGCACUAGCCCCAGAACAGAAGUCACGCCUGCAAGAUUACUGUGCCGCUUCACUGUUUCUUCAGACACUCCUGCUGCAAGCCUACGGUUUCGAUGAAACCACUUUCCCCCGCAUUUCCUUUCAGAAAAAGGCCGGAGACACCUCCAUUGGCUGGGCACUGGGCUACAUGUUGAGUCUCAGCAACCUGGUGCCAGAGGAAAGUGUUUCCCUGCGGAAGGCCCUGCGGACCGAAGCCUGGAUCAUCCUGCUCUUCCUCUUCUCACUCCUCCUCCUCGUGGUGCUUGGAUACCUGCUGGUCAAUGUUUUACGAGGGAAAAAGGGCGGCACUAAUAUAAUCUAAUCCGACCAGGGGCCAUGCUUUUCCCUCUGGCCUGGAGGCUUCAGUUGGGAGUCCAAGUACGCAGGGGUCACCAACCCUGUUCCUGGAGAGCUACUGUCCUGAAUGUUUUCACUUCAACCCUAAUUUGGCACACUUGAUUCUACUAAUUAGCAGCUCACUGAGAUGCAAGCUGUUGAAUGAGGCAAGCUUUGUUAGGGUUGGAGUCAAAAUGUAUAGGACGGUAGAUCUCCAGGAACAGGGUUGGUGACCACUGCAGAAGUGCCUAACCCAGCAACCAGUUGACCCGGGACGUGUCCGAAUCAGCACAUUUGCCUACAAUUGAGUAUGCUGAUUUAGUAUACUUUUAAAAAAGCUGUUAAGUACACAUUUCUGAAAUUGAGUGUACUCAAAAAUACCAAGAUUAAAUACUUAUCGCCACGUUUUCAAAAGCGUACUAUUCAGGAAGUAAAUUGCACUUUGGGCCCUUAAGUACGACGUGUAGCUUGACUUGUGUCUUAUUCCAUCAACAAACAAACACAGAUUGCUGUGGAAAACUUACUGUAUAGCUUGGAUGUUGUUGUCCCUGACAGUCCCUUAGUACGGAUAGUAUGGUGGUAUUUUUGCCAUUGUUGCCCAUCGCAUACUAAAAAGUAUGUGUAGUAGGGAGACGCGGUGGCGGGUGCAAGCAUCAGUCCGAUGGAGUCGCACAGCGAGACUCCCGUCCCGGUCCGCCAAAAAACCAGUUUGGCCGGCUCACGUGGGCGCGCCAUAAUUGGCCCACCACUCCACGGGCGGGGGGAGGUACUCGGCAGGGUGGAUCGCCGCAUACAACGGUGCCCGAUCGCCUCGCGGGGUGAGGCGAUGCGGCUUGGAGAUGGCGUAAUUUGAGGAUGCAGUAGUUCGGAGGCUGAUUCUGACACUGAAUGGUGUUGCCUUCUAUGUAUCUUUAGAAGACAAACAGAAUAACUGUUGUAUUAAUGGGGCUGCAGAAUUCCAGACCUGGAAGAUGGAACUUGAUGUUUGGAAGGAUCGGACAGAAACACCUCAUAUCUGUAGAAAUUAACCGACAUUUACCCUGUAAAUCCAAUUUUAACCAAUAUUAACCCUGUGAUGACUGGAAUAUUAAAGGUGGUGAAUAAUUUCAGGGCAGUCAGUUGCUUUAUGCAGAAUUGCACUUUUAAUUACUGUACAUUUUGUUGUAGAUAACUGGAUUUAUGUUGUUGGCCAGAUACACAUUUAAAACAUUUUAAAACAAUUCCAAAGAAUUCACCUGGUUUUAUUUUAUUUAAAUGGUUUGAAAAAUAUUGAUGUGCACCUGAAUUAUGCACUGACUACAAAUUAAUGGUCAUGGAUUGGUCAUAGAACUGGAAAUUAUCCAGACUGAAUAAAGUAGGCCUAAUACCAGUAUGCAAAUGACAAAAUGUUCUAUGUUGUAUAUAAAAUCUUGUAUAAAUACAUUGUAACACAUCUUAACAGACAUUAAUCCUCCUUUUCUCAUGAAAUACAUUAUAGACAUAAUCCGUAUUACCAAAUAGCCUAAAUGUAUUGCUUACAUUUGAGUUGAUUUACUGACACAACAUAAGCGAUUUUAUAAGGAAUAGUAUCUGUUAACUCCAAAGGGCACAUGUAGCACAAUCACACCACUUUUCACAGUAAGGGAGAAAUGAUGGAUAAUAUGUCCAAAAGUGAUACCCGGAGUUUUGAAUCUCUCAUUUCUGGUACUCUUCCUUGUUUCCGCAAGCAUGUAUGUUGUAAGACGCAGCAAAUGACAUGUCAUUAACUAUGUUCGUAUAUAAAGUUUGCAGCAUUUGCUGAAAUUGCGAAUGUACAAUCAGUCACACACCACAAAAAUUUCUGCAAAUACUGGUGUUCAACAGGAAGUACCGUAACAAUGAAUAUAUACAAUAAAGAUGACUGUUUUGAAA